ACUCCUCAUUACAAUGAGUUCGCUCCGUGAAGCCAAUCCUCAUUUUGUCAGACCCAGACCACAACAAGAUGAUCGAAGUCACCAACCCACCAUCCCACUGAUUCCUUCAGCACAACCACAAACCAAGCGUUCCAAGUCAUCAAAGGGGUCACAAUCGUCUCGUCCUGACAAACAAGUCCGGCCAUCACGUAAAGACCAACCACAGCGUCGUGAUGAUGAAAAUAUUCGGCCAUCCAUUGUACCGGUGGAACAUAAAGACAGAGACUCGGGGCCACCUAUAGCUCCAUCAGUGCCACUUCCACAGCAGCAUCAUGAUGGCCAACAUCUGGAGCCACAUGGUUCACCGGUUCCUCAUCCACAGCGCCACCGUCCCGGGGUGCAUGGUUCACAGGCGGCAGUACAACCACAGCACCAAGGUCGAACCAGCCGCCCACAGAGCCUGUGGCUGCCUUCAACCCAAAGAACCAACUUCUUGACAUGGUUUGGUGCAGUCUUCUGUGCAAUUUUUUGGAUUGCGGUCAUCAUAGGAGGCUUAGUCAUUCUCAUUGUUUACCUUGUUUUCCGACCGCGAAGUCCCCGUUUCGACGUGUCUACUGCCACGCUAAAUGCAGCUUACCUUGACAUGGGGUAUCUGCUAAAUGCUGAUCUUACAGUGCUUGCAAACUUCACAAAUCCAAACAAGAAGAUGAGCGUGGAUUUUAGUUACUUGACCAUUGAGCUUUACUACGGGAAAACCCUUAUUGCUAAACAAUUUCUAGAACCCUUCCGUGCAGCCAAGGCUCAAACCAAGUUUGCCUACCUUCAUAUGGUAACGAGUCAGAUUCGGCUUCCGAUACUCGAAGUCCGGAGGCUUAAUAGGCAGAUGGAGACCAAUGCGGUGGUAUUAGAAGUGAAGGGGUACUUCAGGGCAAGAUCUAAUUUCGGGAGUCUCCUACGGUACUCGUAUUGGUUGCAUGGCCAAUGUACUAUUAUGGUAACUAGGCCUCCUGAUGGGACUUUAAUUGCAAGCAAAUGCAAGACGAAGCACUAAUGCAAAGGGCAUGUUCAAUUUGACAAUGCUCUGCCCCAUUUUUUUCCCCCUUUUCUUUUCUUUUCUUUAAUAUUUUUGUAUAAAAAUUUGAGAACUGAUUUUGUGCAUUGUUCCAACACAUCUUUCGUUUUGGUAUUCCAGUAUGAGAUCCGAUUUCUGCAUUGUUCCACCAAUGUUUAGUGCAUUUUUCUCUUCAGCUCGUGUUAUCCAAUAAUUACUCGAUAAUUUAACAAUUUGGUUCCUCAAUUUGGGGUAGAAUAUUUGUGAAGUAAUCAUCUUUAUUUUACCAAAUCUACAUCCAUCUUAAAAAGUUCAGUGAACUAGGAAGUAGAAAAUUGGAUGCAGGAUUACCGUGAAGCAAAUGGCAGUUAUGGAAAGCACAAAAUAUUUCAUCAACCAUGCAUUGUUUGAGUUACAUAUAUCCUGAUGCCCACACCAAUGAGGAAGCAGAAACCAGGGGAAAUGACCCGAAAAAAAAAAAAAAAAAAAAAAAAAAAAAGAAAAA